AUGCGAGUGAGUGCUGAGGAACUCGAUCUAGAACCGGCGGUUUAUAUUCGUGAAGGGAGAUCACAGGUUAUGCUACCCGACUUGGACGACUUCUCUCCUGAAUGCGAUAUCGAGGCUGCUGACGUUGGAGAAUCUGGCGAGAGCACGCAGAGAAGCGACGGAAAUGCUGCCCCACAUCCGGCGAGGGGCGUCAUCUGUGAUUUAGGUGUGAGUGAUGCCAAGCCCGUUGCCCAACGACCCCGAUCGGUCGGUCCGCACUUGGCAAUCAAGGUGUUGAAUUGGCAGAAGAAGAUCCUAGAAGCUACAUUGAUUGAACACACCGAAUCGCCAUUGGCAUCCCCAAUCAUGAUCGUACUCAAGAGGAAUGGAGUGGACAUUCGAAUCUACAUCGACUGUCGAGUCGGGAACAGCUUCAUUCAAUUGUCGAACUACCCGAUACCACUGAUCAACGAUCUCAUUACUAGUUUCGAAGGAAUGAUAUGGUUUAUGAUUCUUGACAUGGCGAGUGGUUUCUGGGCCGUCCGAAUGACUGAAAAGGCUAAGCUGAUCUCGGCAUUUACCUGUCCAUUCGGGCAUUUCCAAUGGGUACAUGAUCAACAAUUGCCUGUGGGGAUUCGUGCACCCGAAGAAGAAGCACUCGUGGAUCAGGAUGUGUUAGACUACUUGAAGUUGGACCCUCAGUCGUCGAGCGAUGAAACGGAUGUGGAACGCAGUAUGACACCACUAGUGGAGCACAUGACGGUUUUCAAGCGUAACGUUCCCGCACCAUCCCAAAUGAGGCCGGUUUUGGGGAGCAGUUCGUAUAUUGAUGACACCGCACAUGGGGCAGCCACGUGGUAUCAACUAUGCUGUGAUCUAGAUGCGUUGCUCUAUCGGUUACGGUACUGGAAUAUCUCAGUUUGCUUGCCUAAAAGCGAGUUCGGGAAGCGUGUCAUACCAUACCUCUCCCAUGAGAUUGGUGCUGAAGGAAUACUUGCCACCCCGAAGAUCGUAAAAGGCAUUCAGGAGUUACCAUUUCCGUCUACCCUGAAAGGAGUUCAGUCAUUUCUAGGCAGCCUGAAUUACUACCGCAAAUUCAUUGAAGAUUAUGCUGUGGUAUCUGCUUCACUCAACGAGUUGACAGAUGAUCAAGUGCGUGCAGAGCGAGACUUGUCUCGAGCGAAGGAAUCCUUUGAGACCCUGAAGAGGAAGAUCGUGUCUACACAUCCACUCAGACAUCCUGAUCAAACGAAAUAUUUAGUGAUCAUCCCUCCCCGUUCGAUUCCCGGGCGCAUCCUGAAUGACGCCGAGCUCAAGUAUCAUAUUGCUGAGAAGGAAGUCCUCGCUGUGAUGCGAGUUCUCCAUGUGGUCAAGAACUUGAUCGAAGGAUGUCCGUUGAUAAUCUACACUCGAGAUUCGGUGUUGAAGUGGGUCAUUAAUUCCAAGACCUCCGAAGGCCGUCUGGUACCAUGGGGCGUUGCUCUCUCACAGUAUGACUUGGAAAUCCGGAAGGUUUGUCGAGAUGAGGAUGGUUUAGCCGCCAUUAUGGGCGCAAGUAUCACUCACAGGGAGCACUUGGAUGUCGGCAAGGUACUCAUUCCAGCCAUGGGGCGCGUCAAACCGUCUACAGUCGUGAGUGUCGAAAUGCUCUCAGAAGCGUACUCCGGGGUAGUCCUGAGUUUCGAUGGUGCGACCAUAACUUCAACGAGGAAAGGCAUCUGUGGAUGCAUUCUGUGGCAGCUACCUGAAUGA